AUGGAAAAAAGAAGAGCUGACGUGACUCCAUUGAAGAAAAUAAUAUACCACGAAAGCGCAAAAGAGGAGAGCAACUGGUGGAGUGAGGCCGAGGCUUCGGAAAUCUCGCAAAAGAAGAUAGCUGCGAUUUUUGGGCAGAUGAAAGAGUACAAAAAGCUAGCUGAGGAGGCAGAGUCUGAGAAAAUGCGGAUAGCCCGCAUCAAAAUAGAAGAGCUUAUGCUGGAGAAGGGGGAGGCUGUCGAAGUAGUAAAUACGCACAUACUGAAAUGCCAAGCCCACAUGCACACAAUCUCCCAGCUUAGAAAGCAAAUCAGCCAAAAAAAAGAAGAGCCGGCGGCUGAGAGCGGCAAGCCCGUGCUGGUGGAGGAGGACAUUUCCGAGUACGUGGAAAGAAUGGAGAGGCUCGAGGGGAAAGUGCAGACGCUUUUAAGCAGGCAUGCGCCAAACCUCACCAAGGUGGUUAAAGCGCUUGAGCAGGAAAACAAAGACUUGUCGCAAACGAUAAAAACGCUGGGAGAGAAAAUAGAGGCUUUUCUGGCCGCAGAGAGCGCCCUUCAUGCGGAGAAGAGGGAGCUUUCCAAGCAAAUCGCAGGCCUUCAGAGCGAGAAUGCCGCGAGGCAGGAGGCUUUGCUGCAGGAGAACGAAAGAAUCAAGGGGGAAAAGACAAUUCUGCAGAGAAGGGUGGACGAGGUGCAUCUGGCCAUUGAAACGCUGAACUCGGCCGUGGUGGAAAGAGCGCGGGAGCUGGAAAACAUUCCAGCCAACAAGAACGAGUGCGAAAAGGGGUGCCACGAGCGCAUACAGGAGCUGGAAAACAAAGAAAUUGCCCGGCUAGAAGAAGUCACGUUCCUUGUGCGCAAGUACAUUGACACGGGAAAACAGAACGAUCUUCUUCUGCUAGAAAUAGAAGAGCUGAAAAGCCAGAUCAAGGCGAGCGCGCCGCCUGCCUCCCCGCCCCCGUGCACAGACUGGCCGGAGGAAAAGGAGAAGGAAAUAGAGAAGCUGAAAACCGAACUAGAAAGAAGCAGCUUGGGGUACAUAGAAAGAAAAACCUCUGCGCAAUACCACAAAAGAAAGUCUCUUCAGUACGAAGCAGAGCUGAGUGCAGCCAGAAAGACCGCGGCAGACAUGGACAUAGUCAACAAGGCGCUGCAAGAGAAGCUGGAGGAGAGCAUAAAAAACAAAAGCGCAAACAAGUCCCAGUCCGACUUAGAUCUCUAUAAGGGAAUGGUCAGGUGUGGGGUGUGCUGUUCAAACAUUAAGAAUGUUGCACUAAAAAGAUGCAUGCAUUUAAUGUGCAGAGCAUGCAUUGACGAUAGAAUGGCCACCAGGCAAAAAACCUGCCCAUUGUGUGGCACUGUUUUUUCGCCGAACGAUAUAGCAAAUGUAUAUUUGUAG